AUGGCCCAGCCCAGUGCAUCCCUGCCAUCUCUGCUCUACCGCUGGUCCUCCCAACAACCAACUUACAGUCCAGAGCCUGCCUCUCAGCCCUCCCAGGGUGGCCUCGAGCGCUGCUCCUGCUCCUCCAGGGGAGAGGUCAGUAAGGCAGGGGUUUGGCUGGUGCCACUUGAACCAAGUCCAGAUGCACUGCCCAAAAUAACAUCCCUCGUCUGGCCAGCAGUGCCGUGGAGACCGAGUUCUGAAGCAGGCCUUUGUGAGCUUCCAGUUGUGGACAAGAUAAGGACCAUUGCCCAGGCUGUCUAUGGAGCCAAAGAUAUCGAACUCUGUCCUGAGGCACAAGUCAAAAUAGAUCGUUACACUCAGCAGGGUUUUGGAAAUUUGCCCAUCUGCAUGGCAAAGACCAACCUUUCUCUGUCUCACCAACCUGACAAAAAAGGUGUGCCAAGGGACUUCAUCUUACCUAUCAGUGAUGUCUGGGCCAGCAUAGGUGCUGGGUUCAUUUACCCUUUGGUCGGAACGGUGCACCACUGACAUCAUUGCUCGGCUGGACUCUGGAAAGCAGGAAAUUGCUGGAGCAUGUUUGGGGCAUCAGUGAUGUCACCCGCUAUGAAUGCCGGGUGGGGUUACUGGACUGAGGGCCAUGAAAAAAGAAAGCUGUGGCCCUGCCCCAUGGACUCACUGCCAUUCUGUUCUUUCUCACGUUUCAGUUCAGCUCACUUUGUUUUCCGUCCCCCUCCCUCUACUGUAAAAGUAUGUACUCAGUGUUUCAUUUCCUGCUGGAUCUGAUUCAGGUCGGUGAUGAAGUUCUUUGCGAGCUCAGUGGGGAGGCGUUUCCUCCCCUUCAUACCAGCCCUGCUUAGGGAUGCAUGGUUGGUUAUAUACUUGCUUCACUCGGUUAGGCAUGGAGGAGAAUUCAUUCAGACCUCAUAGGUUUAAAUCAAAUGCAUGACCCUUCACAUUUUCCAGAGAUUUAGACAGUUACAGUGAGACAAUUAAACAUCCACCCCCCAAGCUGCACUUGGAGAUGUGUAAGCAGUAAUGUAGUCAUGCGCUCCCCAUGAUAUGAGAGUGUGCAGAAUGCCACUCCCCACAGCAGGUCCACCAGGACCUCCUCAGGGAGCAUCUUGCCUACAAAAUCACCCAUCCAUUUUUCCCCACUCUCUUCACUUUCCCUACAUUUCCACUCCCACACCCACAAAUAAACAAAGAAACUUUGAGCUUAUUUUACAAAAGUCUUUGAAAUGGCCCUCCUCUCUCCGAUGCUCCUGGGCCCUGGUUUGGCCCCAUCUGUGCAGUCUCUCUGAUGAGUGUGAAAUAAGCCAGGUUUGGCUCAUGCUCUCCCUGUGAGCUUGCUCUCCCCGUGAGCCUGCCCUCUCCAUCUGGCCUCACUUUGUUUGUGUCCCUGUGUCCUUUGUCUCUGAUCCUGGGAUCCUGGUGGUUUCCUCCUCCCUGCCCAGCUUGGGUCCUUUUCCCCAGGGUUCUUCCCUAUCUCUACUUCAGAAUUUCCUGCUUUCUCCCAAAUAUGCAUUUCCCUGGCCCAGGCAUCCAUUGCUUCCUCUCAUCGUGAGGUCCCUGCAGCAGGCUGCCGAUGGUGUUGUGGCCAUGCCUUCCUCCACAACCCAGGGAAAGCUACAUGUGUGUCUGUCCCAUAGGGAAGGAGUCAUCCCUGUCUCUUCAGUGUGGCAUGUUCAGGAGGAAGGAAAGUAACCAGCGUCAUUCUCAAUUUCUGGAAACUGUUUAUCAUAUUGACAAGAAGAAGAAAGCUUUCUGACUCAUGAGAAUGAUGUUUUCCUCUCUGGUACAUAAGGUUAUGUAGGUCCAAUCCAUUUGUGUACAGGAUCUUUUCUCCCUUAAUGUGAUGUACACUUAUUUUUAGCACAAGUAUAAAACUACUUGAAAUGAAAUCAGCCUUAGCCAGGGAAAUAUGCUGAGUAAUAAUGUUGCCAGGUACUAUACCACUGAGUUGAGUUUGCAAUUCACUGCUAUUAAUCCCUGUGUGUUAGUUCUGAAUUUUUACUCUUUGCAUACGUAGAAAAAUGGUGUUUCUCUUCAGAGUCAAGGAGGGAAAAAAGAAAAGAUAAAAGAUGCUUAUAACAUUUUUGUGUCCACCCCUAAAAUCAGCAUAUUGAUCUAUUAUUUUUCUAGGUAUUGAUGGAAUAUUGACUCAUAUACUUUCAUACAACUG